AAAAAGUCUCACGCUCGAUCUUUCGGGUAUAGACCUCGAUAACAUCGGCUCUUCAAUCUCUAAAAAGGAGGAUACUCCAGCUCUUCCGACGUCUCACUCGAGUCCUGUGGACUCUCCAAUCACUCCGAACGAAUUCCAGUACCCUCAAGCGCAUCGUAUUCUUUCGCCUCACGAAUGGUUCAGCUCUAUCUCCGCGCGCGAAUGGGCCGACGCGCCCAAGAGAUUGAAUCAUGUGGAUGAUAUUCGUGCUUCAUUCAACGAUCGCGUCAUUCAAGGCCCCAAGGGCCCUUUGAACUCAUUCCAACACUCACCUAUGACUACUCCAGGCCUCUGCGGACCACUCGACCCGUUCAGCGCAGUGCGUCAGACGACUCACGAAGGCACUCGAGAGGCCUUCAACGAUGUGUAUCCAUCACUCGGACUGUCUGCCUCUAGACACGCCCCACAUGCCUCUAGCCGAGUUCUCGAGAAUCCAAGGGGGGUACCCAAUAGUUAUGAUCCCGCGUUCGAAAUCAAUUCGCCGUUUCCUUCUUCAACUUCGUUUUCACGUUAUUCGCCUCUUAAUUCACUCUCACAGUUACCUCAGCCAUAUGAUGCGCAUAUAUCUCCCUCCAGGUAUCAUAUUUCCCAUGCUCCCUAUGGCGCUGUCGGUCGACCUACCAGUUACUCGUCACUCCCUAACACACCAUCUGCACGCACUUCAGCCUUGCCUGCUGCAUAUGAACAUCCCUCGAUGCUUCAACAGCAACACAUUCCAGCACCUGUUUCUUAUCCUCAUCCGUCAUCGCACCCAUCCAGUAUUUCAGGGGCUAGCUCUGGACAUCUUUCUUCUGCCGCAACUUCUAGAUCAUCAUCCCAAGUCCCGGAAUCUAUCCCUCAGCCCGCCGCUGAGCCGAUCAACUUUCUUCAAAUGCUUCAGCCAAAUGCAAACCCUCCUUACGAGCAGUUUGUUUCUCGCAUCGUUAAUAGCUCUGACCAACAAGCCUCUGUAUUCCUUCAACAAAAGCUGAAAGUCGCCAGUACAGAAGAUCGCGUCAAGAUCGUCGAUGCUAUUGUUGGCAGAGGCUUCGAAAUGAUGACCCAUCGGUUUGGAAACUGGGCUGUUCAACGCUGUUUGGAGUCACCUUGCAUCCGUGAAGAUCGUCUCAAGCUUGCCUCCGUGAUGAAGGGUCGCGUCGUUGACCUCGCUACCAAUUGUUACGGUACCCAUGUUAUCCAGAAGGCCCUUGACUGCGAGGAAGAUAUCAAGCUCAUGAUCCUCACCGAGCUGCUUCUGAGUGACCCAUAUGCAACGCUGAUGAAUAAACACUCGGCACAUGUCUGGAGCCGUAUCAUGGAGCUAACUUGGGCAGAUCCAGCGCCGCCUAUCUUCCCUUGCGUUAAUAUUGCGUUGAAGGGACGCUGGGUCGAGCUUGCUUGUCAUGAAACUGGCUCUCUGGUCGUUCAGCAUGCGUUUGAGAAUUUGGAGGAAGCUGAUACGAGGGAUCUUGUGGACGAAAUUUUACUCGGAUUUGAUCGUGUUGUUCGUGAUUCUUGGGGAAGCUGGGUGGUUCAACAUUUACUCGAGCACGGCGCUGGGGAGGACAAGUCUCGUGCUUUCGAUCCUCAAGCUAUCAAAUCUAUCGAGAAGGCUCUCAAAUGCGGCGGACCCGAGGUAUUGCAGAAGUUCGUCGAUAGGCUUUGUGAACCUGGUUACAGCAAACGUCGUGCCAUGAUUGUCGAUCUUGCAUUGAAUGGAACGGGGAGUCAGUUGAUUGCUCAACUUCUUCCAAUGGUCAACAAGGACCAGGGAACCGUUCUCUACGAUGCUAUCAAAAAGCAUGUCGUUACUUUAAAAGGGAGUAAGGCUGGCUCCCGUGUCACUUGGCUUUUUGAUAAAAUGCGUGCAUACUAUGGCUAUUGAGCAUCACUCUGGUUUUGAAACCGUCUAUAGUAAUCUUCUCGUUUUUUGCAUUGCUAUAAUCACGUCUUAGCUUCUCUCAAAUC